AUGCCGGAAACACUUUAUCUAAUGGUCACAUUGCUAGAUCGAUUCCUAUCUCAAGUCAAAAUUAAGAAGAAUGAACUGCAGUUGGUUGGUCUUACAGCACUGUUUCUGGCAUCAAAAUAUGAAGAUUUUUGGCAUCCUAGGAUCAAAGAUUUAAUUAGCAUCUCAGCUGAGUCAUACACGAGGGGCCAAAUGCUUGUAAUGGAGAAGCUUUUUCUUAAGAAGUUGAAGUUUCGUCUAAAUGAGCCAACUCCAUACGUUUUCAUGUUAAGGUUUCUCAAGGCUUCUCAAUCAGACCUGAAGCCUCUUUGGUUGUGUUUUGGUAAAGAAGAGGCUGUCCGACUAUUAAGGCUGGAUAGUGGACACUCAACACCAGAUGAUCUUAGAUUCUUAGCUGACAAACUCGAGCAUUUAGCAUUCUACCUCAUUGAACUCUGCUUGGUUGAGUACAAAGCUUUAAAGUUCAAACCUUCGAUGCUAUGUGCAUCAGCUAUCUAUGUUGCUCGGUCUACCUUGCAAAUAGCUCCAGCUUGGACUCCUCUGCUUGCCAGACAUGCACAUUUUCAAGUCUCCCAAAUCAGGGACUGUGCUGAGAUGAUAUUGAAAAUUCAAAAGGCUGCAAGAACAUCACAGUUGAGAGUCACAUAUGAGAAGUACAUGAGGCCUGAUCUCAGUGGUGUUGCAGCAAUAAAACCCUUGAAUGAACUUCCACUUCCACUUUGA